CUUUUGCGUAAGCACCCUCGAACAGUUUCAUUUUGCAGUUACUUCCAGUUCCACGGCUCACCUCCCCAUCCCCUCGCUGCCGCUCCCGAGCAGCGAAAGCUCCGGCGAGCGGUUGCGGCGGCGGCGGCGGAGACGGAGGCCAGCGAGGGGAGUAUCCCCGUCGGUACAAUCGACGAGUAGAAACCCUAAAGUAACCUCAGAGCUGAUCAACUGAGCGCCCGCCGCAAUGCUCUCUCGCGCCGCCGCCAUCCGCCGCGGCGCCGCGGCUGCGUUCUCCACGGUGUCGGAGAAGCCGGAGACGGGACUGUAUGGCUUCGACGUGCUGCGCACGGCAAAGGGGUUCCGCCGCUUCGUCGACGACGCCAUCCAGCGGUCAGACGAGCUCGUCGCACACGUCGCGCGGCUGCCGUCAUCCCCUGAGAUUGUCCGCGCCAUGGACGAGAUUUCCAAUACCGUUUGCACGGUCAUUGAUUCGGCGGAGCUGUGCAGGAAUACACACCCUGAUAGGGAAUUUGUGGAGGAGGCAGAUAAGGCGUCAAUGAGGAUUUAUGAGCAUCUUCAGUACCUGAAUACCAACACUACUUUAUACAAUGCUAUACUAAAAGCUGAGGGUGAAAGUGUCCUGCUGACGGAGGAAGCUAGAAGAGCAGCAACUACCUUGCGUAUUGACUUUGAAAAGGGAGGGAUUCAUCUUCCUGAAGAUAAACUUGAGCGUGUUAAUCAGCUGAACCUUGAGAUUGCCCAGCUGGGUAGAAAGUUCAGUGAAAAUGUAAUGAACAAACCAGGUUUUGUGGAUGUAUACCCAGCUUCACGGGUCCCAAGAAACAUGCAACCUCAUUUCAAGUCUGUUUACCGAUCUAAUUCUGGAAGUUUUGAGAAGCAAAGCAACUGGAUGAGCACUGCAAAGCAAAAGGGUCUAAGGAUUGUAACAGACUCAGGAAAUCUAUCAUCAGCACUGAGAUGGAUUUCUGAUGAGGAAGUCAGGAAACAGGUAUACAUUGUUGGGAACUCUGAACCUCGAGAAAAUAUUGGUGUUCUUAAUGAACUUAUAGAUGCUCGUGAUGAGCUUGCAAAGACUAUGGGAUGCAAAUCGUAUGCUGACUUUGCUAUUCGUCCUAACAUGGCUGCAUCAGCUGAUGUAGUUAUGUCAUUUCUUGGAGAUUUGAGUAACAUUGUUAGGCAUAAAGCUGAUGAGGAAUUUAAUGUUAUAAAGGAUUUCAAGAGAAGAAUAUGUAAUGAAAAGAGUGCUGAUCUUGAACCCUGGGAUGAAGAUUAUUUCAUUGGAAUGAUGAAAUCAUCUGUACACAGCCUCGAUGCUUCAGUUAUUGCAAAAUACUUUCCCUUGUCACAAUGCCUAAAAGGUCUGAAUGUGCUGGUUGAAUCAUUAUUUGGUGCCACAUUCCAUCAGAUUCCCAUGAGGGAUGGAGAGUCAUGGCAUCCAGAUGUGAUAAAGCUCUCACUCUGUCAUCCUGAUGAGGGUGAUUUAGGAUUCAUGUAUCUUGAUCUCUACUCCAGGAAGGGUAAAUAUUCAGGGUGUGCUCAUUUUGCUGUCCAAGGGGGGCGGAAAUUGUCGGACUCAAAUUACCAACUUCCGAUCAUUGCCUUAGUUUGCAACUUCUCAAGUUCUAGUGGAAUAACUGCAAGGCUUAACCAUGGGGAUGUUGAAACUCUUUUUCAUGAGUUUGGGCAUGCCCUUCAUUCUCUGCUAUCAAGAACGGAUUAUCAGCAUUUCUCUGGUACUAGGGUUGCUCUUGAUGUGGCUGAAACUCCCUCAAACCUCUUUGAAUGUUAUGCAUGGGACUAUCGUGUGCUGAAGACAUUUGCUCUAGAUGAAACAACUGGAGAUGCAAUACCAGAAAAGCUGGUAAAGGCACUAAAUGCUUCUCGGAAUAUGUUUCCUGCUACUGAGCUCCAGCGGCAGAUCUUCUACUCUAUAAAGGACCUAACCUUGUUUGGGGAGCAAGCAUCCAAGCCUAUGGACACAAUUUCCACAGUUGCUGAUUUGAGAAGGAAGCAUACGAGUUGGAAAUGUGCAGAAGGCACGCACUCGCAUACCCGCUUUACCCAUCUCAUAAACUAUGGUGCCGGCUACUACAGUUACCUUUAUGCUCGAUGUUUUGCCACAACAAUAUGGCAAGAAAUAUGCCAAGAGGACCCAUUGUCCCGCAGUGCAGGCAGUGCCAUUAGGGAGAAAUUCUUGCAGCAUGGCGGCUCAAAGGACCCAUCGUCCUUGCUGAAGGAUUUUGCUGGUGAUGCCAUCAUUAGAAACUCUGGCGCCGGAAUAAUCCCUGACAUUAGUUCCUUAUGCAAAGAAAUUGGUUUGUGAAAUACCAUUGAGUGUGGAGGCUGUCACAGUUCUGUAUGACACUGAGCUGGACUAACCGGGCAAGAUGAACUAAGCCUGAAGCCAUGGAGGUGCUGAGUUCAGGUGCUUGAUCUCUCAGGCACGACGGCGGGUGCUAGCUGCAGAUCAAGCUGAUUUACUCGUAUGAGACUGGUGACAAGGAAUUUAAUUGGUUAUCCCCACAGGAUCCUAUUGUGAAAUUGGAUGUAGAUCGUCCCAUCAUAGGGUAAAGUUGAUGCGUUGUUUGUCUUUUGGAAACAAGGAAACGAUAUUGGAAUGGAGCUCAGCUCCCUUUCACCGACCUGAACAAUCUGCUGUCGUAGUAAAGUCGGUGCUGUUCGUAUCACUAUUCUUUUUUGUUGUAAGCCAUAUCAGUCGUUGACGUAUUCAUGGUACUUCCAAAUACCCCGCGACGGCAGCUUGCCUAUGUUAUUGCUCCUUAACAGCUCA